CUAAUUAAGAAAGUACCCUACCCCAGCAGUCUGGAGCUUGUGCAGGCUCUGCCUCUGAAUGCUCUGUCUAAGAUAAAGAAUUUCUGGAUUGGGCUUCCUUGAAAAACCUCCAUGGUCCAUGCUUCCGCCAGAAGCCACGUUGCUCUCUCUGGCCCAUGCUACAGCUGGGGGUGUGCUGGUGUCUGUGGUCUUGUGCUGCUACUGCAGGCCAUGCUGAUACUCAUAGACUGUGCUGCCACCAGAGGCCAUGUGGGCAUCAGUGAUCUGUGAUGCCAACAGAGGCUGUCUCUAUAGAUGUCCGUGGUCCUUCCUGCCACCCAGGACCAUGUUGUGAUCCAUCUUCUGUGUUGCAGCUGGAGUGCAUGUGGAUGUCCAUGAUCCAUGCUGCCACCAAGAGCCGCGUUAGUGUCUGUGGUCCUUGAUGCCACCAGGGACCAUGUUGAUAUCCAUGAUCCAUGCAGUCGCUGGAGAAACCAUGUGGAAGUCCGUGAUCUGCUGCUGGCUGUUAUGGACCAGGAAGCUUCUGCUGCAAAGGAGGAGGCAGAAACAACAACAGCUCCAGAAGUCCAUCCCAAAAACAACGUCAAAAACAAGGAAGAGUUGGAGAAAAUUAAUGCUUGCUUCGCCCUCCAGGAUAAGGUCCUUGAACGGCUGAUGUUCAGUGAGAUGAAGCUGAAAGCCUUGGAAAAUCAGGUGUUCGUCAUAUGGAAUAAAAUAAAUCGCCGCCGGUGGAGCAGCAGACAACGGAACUUCUCCAGGAGGAGGCACAGGUCGAGAAGGCAUGACUCCACAUUCUCCACCUUAUCUAAAUGUACUACCGUCACCCCCACGGAAUGUGACUGAGAUGGGCUAGCCUCUGCUGGUGUGAUCUUCACCCGGUGUAUGAGUUUGGUUUUGUUGUUGCUGCUGUAACAAAAUACCCGAGCCUGCGAACUUUAUAAAGAAAAAGAGCUUUAUUUAGUUCACAGCACUGUAGGUCUAAGAACGUGUGAUGCUAGCAGUGACUCUUUGAAGGGACU